CAUCCUUUUUCAUCUCCAUUAAAUUUCCAUUUCCAUCUAUAGUAUUCAUCAUAAUAAUUUGAGAACCAUAUUUCUUCCAUAUAUCAGAUCUGAAUCUCUCUCGUUUACCAUAAAAAAUCGAGAGAACAAAUUGCAAAGAAAAUGGCGACAGUGUCCCCUCUCGCCAAAUACAAGCUGGUCUUCCUAGGCGAUCAAUCCGUUGGCAAAACCAGCAUCAUCACCCGCUUCAUGUACGAUAAAUUCGACACCACUUAUCAGGCCACUAUAGGAAUUGAUUUUUUGUCAAAAACAAUGUAUCUUGAAGAUAGAACGGUUCGAUUGCAGCUUUGGGAUACGGCUGGCCAGGAGAGAUUUAGGAGUCUGAUUCCAAGUUAUAUUAGAGAUUCUUCUGUUGCAGUAAUUGUCUAUGAUGUAGCUAAUAGACAAUCAUUUUUGAACACUUCAAAGUGGGUUGAAGAGGUACGCACAGAACGAGGCAGUGAUGUCAUUAUUGUCCUUGUUGGCAACAAAACUGAUCUUGUUGAUAAAAGGCAGGUUUCUAUAGAGGAAGGAGAUAACAAGGCAAAAGAAUUUGGAAUCAUGUUCAUUGAAACCAGUGCCAAAGCCGGAUUCAACAUCAAGCCACUGUUCCGCAAGAUAGCAGCAGCAUUACCAGGGAUGGAAACCCUUUCUUCAACAAAACAGGAAGACAUGGUUGAUGUGAACUUGAAGUCGAGCGGUAAUUCAUCCCAGAAUACAGAGCAGCAAGGAGGGGGUUGUGCAUGUUAAAACAGAUAAUGUGUUUUACUAAACAAGAAAGCAUUUAAGCAUUUUUAUUUAACCACACAAGUAAAACUUAGCAGACACGGUAAAAGCAUUGUGAUUCAUUUUGUUUGUGGUAGUUCGUGAGGUCUUUUUAUAUUAUUCCAUGCAUUUGGGUGGGAAGUAGAGUUCCAACUCUCUUUUUUUUUUUUUUGUCUCGGAAAAUUACAUUCUAGGAAUAGUCAUUUAUUGGGAGUUGGGGAUCUUUAAUGUUCAUGAUGUCAGAUUAAUAUUCUAUAUUAAAAUGAAAGCUUCAUUUUCA